ACGUGUCUUUCUGUUUUGGUGGUUGGUAUUGUGCAUUUACUGGGGUGGCUAGGAUUGUUGCCACGUUAGCAACACAUUGACACGUGGCCACAGAUUAUCCACGUCAGCGAUCAGCGGCUCUUUCCCGCCAUUUAGUUCUCCUCGUCGUCGUUCUCCUCACUCCAUUCUCCGACAAGUGCCAAGCUUGCCUACCGGUCUGUUUGUCCUUACCUUGUGAUAUGCGGUGCCGUACGGUCUACCGUAAGUUCAGGGGGUGCGGCGAAGGGUGACGGCGUGCAAAAGUGUGUUGCCAGCUGUCACGGAGAUUGGUGACGGAGAUGGCGAGCCGCUUCUCGGUUUCAGGCACGUUGCGCCGCUACAAUGGUCUGCAAAAUGUCGUUCGUCUUGGCUUGCAAGGCCGAUCGGUGUUCACGAGGGCGGCUGUGGUGCUUGCCGACGAACCUGCGGUGCUCCUUAAGCCAGCAGGAUCGGAUGUGUUAUCGUGUACGCUGACACGGACAGUCGUAGCAGCCACAGGACGGACUCUGAGUACGGGCAGCAGCAACUUUGCUGGCGAUACUUUGAAACCGUCCACGUCAUCGGUCGAGCCCUCCGGCUGUGCGGGCGGUGUGGUGGGCGAUCGGAAGCAGGUUAGGGAAGCCGGAUUGGGAUGGCAGCAGAGACCGGGCCUUGGGUCAAGACCUGCUGGAGGAACGACAGCGACUUCAUCCUUUGCGAUGGUUUACCCUCUGCAGAGGCGGCAAGCAUCUUCCCCGUGGCAGGCACAGUGGGGAGACGUGCGACACGUUGUCGAGCCUGGAGCUGUCAGAACUUCGAUUACGUCGUCGUCAUCGGGGUUGAGGAAUCCUAACUGCUCUCUGGGUUCAUUAGCUGUCACUGGAACCUGUGGCCAGAAAUCGAGGGCACUGCACUCGUCAUCGUUAUCAGCAUCGCCUUCAUCAUCGGGGUCAUCAUCAGGCGCUGGGAAAGAAAAGAUCGACGACGAAGAUGAUGCAACUGUGACACGGGAAGCCGAGACUGUGGAUGAGCAAAAGAAGAGUGAGGAGAACUCGGACUAUCAUCGCAACAAACUGGUUGUGUUUGGCGGCAACGGGUUCGUCGGGAGUCAUAUUUGUCGCGAAGCAUUGUCUCGAGGCAUACACGUGACAAGCGUGAACAGGUCGGGGCCGCCAGCGAGGCAGGAGCCUUGGUUGAAGGAGGUGGAAUGGGUACGAGGCGACGUCUUCGAUCCUGAUGUUUGGCGGAUGCAGCUUAGAGAUGCUUCUGGUGUGGUGUCGUGCAUCGGUGGAUUUGGAACGAACGAUGAGAUGCGACGGAUAAAUGGUCAUGCCAACGUAAAGGCGGUCCAGGCAGCUGCCGAGGAAGAUGUCAAACGUUUCGUCUUGAUUUCGGCGCAUUACUUCUCCGUCCCUGCCAUCAUACUUCGCGGCUACUACGAGGGAAAACGGAUAGCAGAGGAGGCAGUGAGGUCUAAGUUCCCUUAUGGAGGGAUCAUCUUGCGUCCGGGGUUCAUUCACGGAAACCGGAACGUGGGCAAUCUGACCGUGCCCCUUAGUGUAAUUGGCGGACCCUUAGAGGCUGUCAUGCGCUCUAGAGCCUUUACCUGGACAAGUAACCUCCCCAUUGUUGGCUCCGUAUUGCUGCCCCCCGUCAAGGCGACGGCUGUCGCGAAAGCGGCUGUCAGGGCGGCAACAGACAACGCUAUUCCGCCCGGCAUUCUGGACGUUUGGUCCAUAAACAGGCUGGCCGAGAAAGCGUAAACGAGCCAUGUCGUUAGAACGACGCGUCCAAAGAUUGCUAUUGUAGAGAAAUAGCCUAGGGCAUCCAUCAUCUAACAACAGGAGGAAGAGAAGAUUAUCGUAAUGAUGUCGGUAUUCCUCCCACCUCUAGGCUUUGUGUUUCGCAUCUCCACCCUCCACCUGUCUUAUCUAAAACCUUAAGCUCCUCUGCCCUCCUCCCCAGUGCUCAAUUAUUCUGUUCUUGUGACGUCUAGCUCUCUCUAUUCUAGGAGGUUGAAAUAGUUCUGUUCUAGCCUGUCCGACGUCCAGUUUCCUGCCUUGAGUAACUGGAUGUGGUUUGGUCAGUUUGAAAUAGUGCUAUUAUGUCAUGCCUGGUGGCAAGUGGCAAGUCAGUUGUGCAGGAAUUAGUUAUCCAGUGUUGUGCUCAGUAAUUCUAGCAAUUGCACAAGUGC